CCUUCGUCAAGGACCAUGAAAGGAUUGACCACUAGCCGUACCCAUCCCCAGCUCAGCUCAGCACACACGUGUGGCCUGCUGACUGAUGACUGUGAACAUUCCCAUGACCAUUCCCACCAUGGCCUGGAUUCUCGGCAGUCAUACCUGCUCAGUCCGACCGACAGCUGCCAAAUGGACCAUCACCGCUGUUCACCCAGAAGUUCCAUACACUCGGAGUGUAUGGUUCCCAUGGUAUCCGGGGAGCACAUGUCAAGCAGCACCUUCCCCAGGAUGCACUACACCUCCCAUUACGACUCCAGGGAUGACUGCACCAGUGUGUCACACACGGGCAGCAAAAUCAACCGCAUCCCGGCAAACCUGCUGGACCAGUUUGAGAAGCAGCUGCCCCUGCACCGUGACGGCUUCCACACGCUGCAGUACCAACGCACCUCCACCACCACCGAACAACGGAGCGAAAGCCCCGGCAGGAUACGCCACCUCGUGCAUUCUGUCCAGAAGCUUUUCACCAAAUCCCACUCUUUGGAGGGUGCCUCGAAGGGUAAUGUGAAUGGCACGAAGGGUGACGGCCGGCAUUCAGACGAUCACCAUCACUCCCACCAUCCCAAGCACGGCAAAAGGAGCAAGAGCAAGGAACGAAAGCCGGAGCCCAAGCAUAAGUCAGCGAUGAGUGCCUGGUGGAGCUCAGAUGACAACCUGGACAGUGACAGCACCUAUCGUACUCCCAGUGCGAUGAGCAAACAUCACAUUGACCACAUCUCUCAGUACUAUCCAGAGAGCAGUCAAGGGGCCUUCAGUGACCUCACGUUGAAGACGUCAAAAAGCAACAACGAUGUUAAGUGCUCUGCUUGUGAAGGACUACCCAUGACACCUGAAGGCAAGUACAUGAAACGGAGUUCCUGGUCCACACUGACUGUCAGCCAGGCCAAGGAAGCCUAUCGCAAGUCAUCACUGAAUCUGGAGAAACCUCUUGUCCAUCAGGAAAUUAAAUCAUCUCUAAGGCCAUGUCAUUACCUACAAGUGCCCCAGGAUGAGUGGGGAGGAUAUCCAUUGGGAAGCAAGGAUGAGGAAAUUCCUUGUCGGAGGAUGAGAAGUGGCAGUUACAUUAAGGCCAUGGGUGAUGAAGAAAGUGGUGAAUCUGACACAAGCCCGAAAGGUUCCCCAAAGUCUGCCAGUCUUCACGAAACGCUAAUGAAAGCUGCCGGCCAGAAACUCGAUAAUCAGAACCAGAGCUACCUGCAAUCUGCAAUUGAGGUAACCAUCAACCACAGCUUAGAUCCCAGUGCCAACGAGAACUCACCCAAGUUCCGCUCAAGAAACCAGAGUUACAUGAGGGCGGUGAGCACCCUGAGUCAAGCCAGCUGUGUCAGUCAGGUGAGUGAGGCAGAGGUCAAUGGACAGUUUGAGUCGGUUUGCGAGUCUGUUUUUGGAGAGAUUGAAUCCCAGGCAGUGGACGCCUUGGACCUUCCUGGCUGUUUCCGCACACGCAGUCACAGUUACUUGCGCGCCAUUCAAGCUGGCUACUCACAGGAUGAUGACUGUAUCCCAUCACUGUCAUCAGCGAUGAUGGCUUCCUCCAUCAGAUCCACCACAGCAGUAACUUGCACUAAUUAUAAAAAGACCCCACCACCAGUACCCCCUCGCACAACGUCCAAGCCAGUCAUUUCAGUGACCGCCCAGAGCAGUACCGAAUCAACUCAGGAUGCAUACCACGAGAACCGGUCUCAGCGGAGCUCCCCCUGGCCCCAGGAAGGAAAGGUCAUUUAUAACUCGACAGACAGCUUGGACAGUACAAAGGCAGUGAACAUCGCACUGGGCGCAGCAUCAGCCCAGCAUCCCGGAAUCAACAACAGCAAGGGCAGCAUGGUCUUAACCAGAGACAAGGCCAUCUUAACCCUCGACGUGGCCAAGGCAGAGCAGUUCCUCAAGAACCAACGGUCCUCCAUAGGGAUUCAGGUGGAUGCCGUGGAGACCACAACAGACUCGGAUACGGACAGCAGAGGCCUUCGGGAAUACCACUCAGUGGGAGUCCAGGUUGAAGAUGAAAAACGGCGGGGGCGGUUUAAGCGCUCGAACAGCGUGACAGCAAGUGUGCAGGCUGACCUGGAGCUCGAAGGGUUUCCUGGUCCGGUGACCACUGAGGACAAGGCACUCCAGUUUGGUUCCUCAUUCCAGCGCCACUCUGAGCCCAGCACCCCUACCCAAUAUACUGGCCUCAGGACUGUACGCACACAGGGUCUGCUGAGCUACAGAGAGGACUAUCGGACACCCAUCGACACCUCCAAUUUUCCACCACCUGACCCAUGGCUGGAGUCCACUCACCAACCUGUGGAGCCUGGGCGGAUGUCACCUUGUCGAAGGGACGGACAGUGGUUCAUGAAGCUGUUGCACGCAGAAACCAAGAGAAUGGAAGGAUGGUGUAAACAGAUGGAGAGAGAAGCUGAGGAGAACGAUCUGUCAGAAGAAACAUUGGGGAAAAUCCGGAGUGCAGUGGGGAGUGCACAGCUCCUGAUGUCUCAGAAAUUCCAACAGUUUUACUGGCUCUGCCAGCAGAAUCUGGACCCGAGUGCAAUGCCACGUCCUACCUCCCAGGAUCUAGCAGGGUUUUGGGACCUCCUGCAGCUCUCCAUUGAAGAUGUCAGCAUGAAGUUUGACGAACUGCACCAGCUGAAGGCAAAUGAUUGGAAACCUAUCGAGCCACUGGAAAAACAGGAGGAAAAGAAGAUUCCGCCUCCAGUACCAAAGAAGCCACCAAAAGGAAAGAUCCCCAUUGUGCGAGAAAAGUCUCUCGACCUUCCUGACAGACAGAGGCAGGAGGCCCGGAAACGGCUGAUGGCCGCCAAGAGGGCGGCUUCCUUCCGACAGAACUCGGCCACCGAGCGUGCAGACAGCAUCGAGAUCUACAUCCCCGAGGCACAAACCAGGCUCUAG